GACAUAUUUCUAAGUAAACAGAAAGAUCCUGUCACUUAAGAGGAAGAAGUGGGGAAAAAACCUCCUCGAUGUUUCUAUAUGACAAUGGGUGAUAUAUUUUUAAAAAUCCUAAACCUGGGACCAUUAAAAAAAAAACACGAUUUUAUAAUAUCGUUUCAGAAACUUUACAGAUUAGCCUGUGUAAAGGAAGACUACGUAAUAAAACAGACAGAUGGCAAUAAUUACUAUGUUAUAAAAUUCUUUCUUUUUUUUUUUUUUUUUAAUGUUUUUGAAGUCCGCUAAAAACAUGAUUGUUCUGCAGGAUUCAAGUUCAGUGUUAAAGGAGGGACAUGCUACAGGCUUUGAAGACGAAGGCUCACAUGUGAUUCAGGAGCAGCAGGAUUCCCUCGUGUGUCAAGGGAUUCUUGAUUUAGAAGAAGCUGAAAUGCCAGAGCCUCUGGCUCCUGAGAGCUACCCGGAGUCGGUCUGUGACGACGACGUCACCUUGGCCUUGAAAGAGCUGGACGAGAGAUGUGAGGAGGAGGAGGCGGACUUCUCCGGACUGUCUAGGAUUCAAGUUCAGUGUUAAAGGAGGGACAUGCUACAGGCUUUGAAGACGAAGGCUCACAUGUGAUUCAGGAGCAGCAGGAUUCCCUCGUGUGUCAAGGGAUUCUUGAUUUAGAAGAAGCUGAAAUGCCAGAGCCUCUGGCUCCUGAGAGCUACCCGAGUCGGUCUGUGACGACGACGUCACCUUGGCCUUGAAAGAGCUGGACGAGAGAUGUGAGGAGGAAGAGGCGGACUUCUCCGGACUGUCUAGGUGAGAGAGUAGGGCAGUGCA